AUGCUGGAACAUGUGACUCUGACGGUGCAUGAGGCCUUCUCUGGCAUCGCCGGGAGCAUCUCCCUGGCUUGCUGGAUCUUCCUGCUGGUGCCUCAAUUGAUCGAGAAUUACCGUCAAUCGUCUGCGGACGGCAUUUCCAUCACCUUCCUGCUGGUAUGGAUGGCCGGAGACAUCACCAACCUCGCCGGUGCUCUUUGGGCUGAUCUUGUGCCCACCGUCAUCGCUCUCGCCAUUUACUUCUGCUUCGCCGACGCUGUCCUUCUGUCGCAAUGCUUCUACUACAACACCCUGAAUGCCCGUCGCGAACGUAAGCGCUCUAUCGCUGCUGCCGAGAACGCUGUCAUCGACGAGAGCGCUCCUCUGAUCGCCGAUCCGCAGGAAAACCUUGGUCUGCCUGGUAGCAGAAGACGCAGUAGUGCUGCCAGUCGCAGACGUACCAGAAGCAGUGCUGAGCGUAGCAACAGCCUUGGCAACAUCCUUGAGGAGGGACAAGGCUCUACUGCCUGGUUGAAGAACACUCUUAGUGUCGCAAUUAUCCUCAUUGCUGGAGCCGCAGGAUGGGCCAUUGCUUGGAGAGCUGGUGCCUGGAAGCCGACUCCUGUCGAUGUAUCUGAUGGCGGUAGACACAUGCCUGUUGGUGCCGAGGUGCUUGGUUACGCCAGUGCCGUCUGCUACUUGGGUGCUCGCAUUCCUCAGAUCAUCAAGAAUCAUCGUGAACGAUCCUGCGAAGGCCUAUCGUUGUUGUUCUUCUUGCUCUCACUUAUGGGAAACCUUACUUACGGUGCAGGGAUUUUACUCCAUUCCGUUGAGAAGCAAUACUUCCUCAAGAAUCUGCCCUGGCUUAUUGGGUCACUUGGAACCAUCUUCGAAGAUGCCGUCAUCUUCAUGCAGUUCCACAUGUACGGCGAGAAAACAUCGGCUAUCGAGUAA